AUGUGGAUUAUUCCGCGAUUGGAAAACUGGGAAGGUGGGAGACUGGCACAUUUGAAGAAGGAUGGACCGCUGACGGGCUGCAGACGCACUGGCGUUGCCUUGGACCAGCGGCCUCUUGACGCCAAUGGAAUGGAAGAGAUUUCGGGCAUCUUCUCGUCCCCACGCAAGCCAUCCCCGUUGAAGAAGAUGACAACCAUGGAAAAUGUGGAGGAAAGAAGUGCCUCACCAGAAGCGGCGCAGGAAUAUGUUAACAACAUUUCUGUCGCUACCCCAUCUCAAACGCCUGCUUCUCGAGGACCAACUACAAGAAGGUCAACGCUACCCCCAAGAUCGACGUCUCCGAAGAAGAGUGGGAUCAGCGGUGUGGCCAGAAAGAGUGACGGAGUUGACGUAUUUUCGACAAGAAAAAGCGUGCAAGCCCAGGACCUUGAAGACCGAGAGAAUACGCCUACACCCACAGCCACUCGAGCAACCAGCCAGUUAAAAAGGUACAGUUAUAGCCCAGAAAAGACGCCACUACGCGACAUUGCGACAAACCGUGCGUACUCAGGCACAAAGCCCCGGCCCACGUUCACAGACAUUAGGCAAUCCGAAACCGAGGCAUCUUCUCCAGUUGAAGAUGACGGACCAAACCUCCAUAACGAAGCUACACAAGAGGUGGAUGCUACCGUCGGUGAAACUCAUGAUUCUGUGGUUCUUCUCGGAGAAGACGAUGAAUACGUGGAGGACGAGGCACACAUGGACGUGGGGCUGGACGUUGCAUCCGGAGAUGUUGACGAUGAAGAGGCUGACAAAACCUUUGAGCCGGAACCCUCAGAGCCCCCAGCCACACAAAAUCAACCAAAUUCCAGAAAAAAGAGAAAGUCUGACGUGAUCGACGAUGAAGUGCGCCCCUCGCCUAUCCCGACCACAAUACGCAAGAGAGGACGGCCGCCGCGCGCUGAAAACCAGCAGAGCCCAAAAGCAUCCAGCUCGAACAUACCAUCGUCGAGAGCCAAGAGACAGCGACUACUCAAAACCAAUGACCAGAACAUGGAAAUGUCUUCCCGCCAGCAGCAGGAAUUGGAUGCGGUUAUUGAGAAGGUGAAAGCAAGGCCGGAUCCUCCAAGAUCAUUAUACAUUCUCCGCCGAGAAACGCCUAUGGACGAUGCAGUGACACAUACCAGAAGUGGCCGAGUAAGUAUCAAGCCGCUUGCAUACUGGCGCAACGAGAGGUGCGUUUACGGUGGCAGUCCUGGUAGCGGAAGCUUGGACGAGGGUGCUCGAUUUCCUUUGAAUAGUAUCAAAGAGAUCGUCCGCGUCGAGGCGGUAGACACAAGCGCGGAGAAGAAGUCGAACAACAAAAAGAAGAAAUCCAACAAGAAAGCCGUGGUCCGCAAGGGUCAAGUUGAGGAGUCAGAGUCCUCGGAUUCGGACUACGAAAUGGACGGAGGUUAUGCCGAAGAUCCGCAUGCCGAACCAUGGGAGACCGGACCAGGCACGCUUCGGGGCAACGUGUCAUUGUGGGAUCAACAAGAGCAGGCUCCUCUGGAAGAAGAAGCGGAGGUGGAAAUUGCACAUGCGGCUGCAGCCAUCAAAACACACGAGGUGAAGCGCUCCAGUCUCGAUGAAGGCCCGACCUUCAGAUACGCCAAGCUGCUUAGCACGCGAUUCUUCGGUACGGGACUGGUGGAAUUACCUCCCGGAGGGAUGAAGCGGCCUAAAAACAGUCGGAGGAUGCAUAUGAGCUUCUUUGUGGUCAAAGGACGGGUGAGUGUCACGGUAAGCCCGAUUGGGGGGGAGGUGACUGGUAGUAUGACCCGCUUCAGUGUUGGAAAGGGCGGGUUUUGGCAAGUUCCACGAGGAAACCAAUAUUCUAUCCAAAACCAACUCGACAAGACCGCGCGCAUAUUCUUCAGCCAAGGCUGUGAGGCCUCGCCUUAUGAGGAUGAGUCUUGA